AGACUUUAGAGUCUUAAAAUUUCAACGGAUUCCUUAAACAACGCAGAGAUUUCUACGACUCCGCCAUGUGAGAGACAUGUCUCGGUCUCUGAGCUUCCUAUUCUCAGAUUCUUUCUUUCUUUCUCUUGUCUCUCUCUGAGAUGCCCAUAUUAACUUAACAUUAACAUGUCCAUUGGACCCUGGAAACUUCGUAGCGAUCUCGAUCAUCACUUCUAUCUCCUUUCUGUGACUAGGCGUUAUGUUUGAAACCAACCCCUACCAAGAAAAAUGGGGUGCACCUCUUCUAUGUACGCAGUUGGAAGGAAGAAGAAGAAGUUGAUUGUCCCCGAAGUCGUGGUAUUCGUCCCUUCAAUGCCAAUACCUGUACAAUCUGAUCUUCAAAGGCCGCUAAGAGGGUUAAUUCCAAAAGAUCUUGCCGAUAGAUUGUCUUGCAUUCGGAAUCAGAUUGUUUUGGUGGCAGAAGAUACUGGUGGAUCUGCUAUAACUGAACUACGGCGAGCACUUGAGGAAUACUUGUCUAUUUUGAUUGGACUCGUUAAGAAAGAAUAUGGUCUCGAGGGACUCAUCGAAUUCAAAUGGAAGAAUUUAGAAGAUGGGCGACAUGAAACGUGUGCAUCAAACUCCUGGUAUGAAUUGCUAUCUGUCAUUCGCCUAAUGGCUAUGCUGACUUUGUCAGAGGCCGACUCCAUUUUGAUUCCCAAGGACCUUUCUGGUUCUGGUAUAAGGGUCGUAUCUUCAGAUUGCAAGAGGGAUGCUGUUGAUUUGUUACUCAAGGCAGCAGGAUACUUGGAAUUUUGUGUCCGGGAUGUCCUGGUUCGUAUACCCCCAGAUAUCAGGAAAAGAUUCCCGAAAGACUUGCACGAAGGUGUACUGGAGGCUAUUUCCAUUCAAGCACUAGGCCAGGGAACCGAAAUUCAGCUCGGUUUAGCUGUUGAAUGCCAAAAGGCCACUUUAUCAGUCAAGAGGAGGUUGGCAUGUGAACAGCUGAGCUAUUUUAGCCAGGCUUAUCAAUGCUUGUCAGGAUGUGACAUGGACGCCAAUAAUGGGUAUGGAAAGAAGCAUCUCUGGUUCAUUAAAUGGAAAUUCCUCCAGGCAAAGGCUGCAGCUUACUACUACCAUGGUCUGAUCCUUGACAAGGGUAAUGAACCAUCCUGCCAUGUUACUGCUGUAUGUUGUUUUCUUGCUGCAGAACAGCUUCUGUCAGAGAGCAAGAAAGCUUGCUUGAACUUUUGCCUUGCAGCUCCGGUGACCAGGGCUCCUCCACUCUGGGGAGCUAUGAAGCAUUUACAUCAGAAAAUUCCUGAAGUUGCAUCAAGGAAGUCCCAGACGUAUGGCUACCUCUUAGAACAAGAGAAUGCUCUCCAAGUAUUGCCUGACCUACCAGAUUUCCAGUUGUCAUUAAGACCUGAUGACUAUCAAUUACCUCAACUCGAUCCAGCUUGGGAUAGUGAAAAAUGGGAAGUUCACGGACAGCCUCUAAAGGACCACUUAAAGGAUAGUGAAGAUGAGAUUGAAACUGAAUGAACACUUUGUAUGACCUCUCCUUUGUUUAUCUGUGUUCGGAUACCAACUUUGUGGACUAAACUUCAUGACCACACUGUUAUUAAAGCUAGCAUAUUGCUUUUGAAUAGAAACGAUUAUAAUUGCUUGUAA